UAAGCACCAAAGGAUCAGAAAAAAUGGAGAGUUUAAAGAACGAGUCGAAUGACAUUAUACCGAAAGACACCUGCAAACUAGCUUAUAUAAUUCACUUCUUACUUGGUGCAGGAAAUUUGCUUCCAUGGAAUGCUUUAAUCACUGCUAUCGAUUACUUCGGUUAUCUUUAUCCAGAUAAACAUGUGGAAAAAGUGUUUUCAGUAGCUUAUAUGGGUUCGUCGCUUUUAACGUUGAUUUGUAUGAUAAAGUGGAGUAGUUUCAGCAGAUUAGUCGGCUUUCAAGUGCGGAUGAACGUUGGAUUUACCAUGUUUGUUGCGUCGCUCAUGGUAAGUCCAACGCUUGAUUGGGUUUCUUGGCACGAGAAGUCCAUGUCAGCAUUUUAUAUAGUGGUUGCAUCGGUUGUGGUCUGCGGUUUAGCUGAUGGCUUGGUUGGCGGGAGCCUUAUAGGAUCCGCCGGGAAGUUGCCGAAAGAAUACAUGCAGGCUGUUUUUGCUGGAACUGCUUCAUCAGGAAUUUUGGUAUCGCUUUUGAGAAUCAUAACAAAAGCAUCACUUCCACAUGAUCCACAAGGGCUGAAGAAAAGUGCACACUUAUAUUUCCUAGUUAGCACAGUUAUUUUGCUACUCUGCAUGGUUUGUUGCACCUUGUUGUACAAGUUACCAGUUAUGGAACACCAUUACAAACUACAACAAAAUAACGGUUCGGCGUCACAGACAAAACUUUGGGAUGUAGCAAGAACGAUUCAAUGGCCCGCUUUAGGAAUAUUCGUCAUAUAUACCGUAACAUUAUCAAUUUUCCCGGGAUUUCUAGCUGAAAACAUAAAAUCAAAACUCCUCAAAGAUUGGUACCCGAUAGUCUUAAUUACCAUUUAUAAUAUCGCGGAUUUUGGAGGGAAAUGUUUUACUGCGGUUUAUGUUUUAAGGAGUGUUGCGAAAGCUACAUGGGGUUGUUUGGGGAGAUUGUUGUUGUAUCCGCUUUUUUCGGCUUGUUUGCAUGGGCCGAAAUGGGUUAGAAAUGAGGUGUUUGUGGUGUUUUUGACUGUUGUUUUGGGGUUUACUAAUGGGUAUUUGACAAGUGUCAUAAUGAUUCUGGCGCCAAAAUCGGUUCCACCUUCGGAAGCUGAAAUGGCUGCUGUUGUGAUGGCUUUGUUUUUGUGUUUAGGAUUAGUUUCGGGUUCGGUUCUUGGCUGGUUUUGGAUCAUUUGAAGUUGUUAUUUAGUGAUUCUAUGUAAUUCUCAUUCUCAUUUGUAGUAUAAUAUACAAGAAUAUCAUUAGUUA